AUGUUCUGUGGGACUACAAGCUUCAAGAACAUCGACGACGAUGCGCCGACCCCCUCUUCGCCCAAGGCAUCCAAGAAGAAGGCCAGCAAGAACCCGUACUCGACGAGGGGGCUCGACAAGUUCUCGACCGUGCUCGGCGAUCUCGAGGCCAGAAGAAGAAAGAUCAUGGAGAAGGCGGGGCCGCAGGGAGCUGUGUCCAUGGUCAAGUUCAUGUACUCCAACUCAACCGACUGGAUACCCGUCGUCGUCAGGCGAAGAGAUCGGAAAGACGACGAUGCCAAGAUGUCCGCCGACGAGCAGCAGCAUAAAGUACCGAUCGUUUCAGGAGGCGUCGAAGAGGCCGCGCCGGCCAUGGGAAGGCCGAAGGCCGUGCCUGAGGAGAAGGUGAAGAGCAGGCUUGCUUGGGGUGCUGCUGAAGAGGUGAAAGGAUGGGUGACGAGGAAUUGGAGAGGGAGUUACUACUGGCCUUUGGUGGUGCUGGUGGCGUUGGUCUGCUUGGUGACGUUCGGGAGGGUGUUUGCUAUAUGUUGCAUGCUAGUGUGUUGGUAUUUGAUGCCGGUGGUGCACGGUGAGGGUGGGGACGUGAGGAGGUCUGUGAACAAGAUAAAGAACUAUGGGAGAAGGAUGAGCAACACACGGAUCAGUGCCACUUCCAUGGUGCCACGUUCGUCUCAUUCUAAGAAGACUGGUGGUGUGCAGGUAUAG